AAGAGCGUCCGGUUUAAACACAGAAACAAACUCCUCCGGUACAUCUGUGGGUCCGGAAGCUGAAACUGACGGGUUUAGUCUAAUUCUCGGUCCCGGUUGAGAUCAGAGUCAUCAGGAUGGAUGAUUCUCACCGUAACGGAGAAGUUACGAAGGUUUCUGAGACGCUGGAGAGGUCUCUGACCAUCGAUUCAGACGACAGGAUGGAAAAAUAUCAGCGAUUGAUUCAGAACGGUAAAGAUGUGGCCAGACGAGGGGACAUGGACAAAGCACUGGAGUUCUUCAAACUGGCGAACAACAUUCACCAAAGUCAGAAACUGGAAAUCAGGAUCAAGAAGAUUGAGGAACUAAUUGCUCAGAAUGACUCUGAGGAAGAAGACGAUGAGUUUGUCAGCGUGAACAACAGCGGUUUGAUGCUUUUUAAAGAGCUGCAUGACAAACUGUACGACUACCAGCGGGACGGUGUUGCCUUCCUGUACAGCCUCUACAGGGACGGACGUAAAGGCGGCAUCCUGGCCGAUGAUAUGGGCCUCGGAAAAACCAUUCAGGUGAUUUCGUUCCUCUCCGGGAUGUACGACAAUGAGCUGGCUAAACACACUCUGCUGGUCAUGCCAACAUCCCUCAUCACAAACUGGACCAAGGAGUUUGCUAAAUGGACUCCAGGCAUGAGGGUCAAGGAGUUUCAUGGCAUCAGCAAAGGGGAGAGAACCAGGAACUUGGAGAAGGUCCAGAGGAGGAGCGGCGUCCUCAUCACCACCUACACCAUGUUAAUGAACAACUGGGAGCAGGUGUCAUCGUACCACGGCAGAGAGUUCACCUGGGACUACAUGAUCCUGGAUGAAGCCCACAAAAUCAAAAACACUGGCACCAAGACAGCCAAAAGUGUCUAUGCCAUCCGGUCCAAAAACAGAGUUCUGCUCACAGGAACUCCGGUCCAGAACAACCUGAGAGAAAUGUGGGCUCUCUUUGACUUUGCCUGCCAGGGAGCUCUGCUCGGCACCGCUAAAACCUUCAAAGCAGAGUACGAGAACCCCAUCACCCGGGCCAGGGAGAAGGAUGCCACUCCAGGAGAAAAGGCUCUCGGGAUGCGGAUGUCUGAGACCCUCAUGACCACAAUCAAACCCUACUUCCUCCGCAGGACCAAAUCAGAAGUGCAGAAAAACAGAAAAAAUGGCAUAAAUUCAUGCAAAGAGAAACAUUUGGACAACAAUGUCCCAAAUGUGCAAAAAGUCUGUGGAGCCAUGAUGCCCGAAUUGACGAGGAAGAACGACCUGAUCGUGUGGACGUACCUGAGUUCUGUUCAGGAGGACAUCUACAGACAGUUCAUCUCCUUGGACCACAUCAAGGAGCUGCUGCUGACCACCAGAUCUCCUCUGGCUGAACUGAACAUGAUGAAGAAACUGUGCGACCAUCCCAGGCUGCUCUCUGCUGCCGCCAUCAGCAAGUUAGGCUUGGAGGAAAACGGAGGUGAGAGCCAGCAAGGAGACGAGGCCGACACCGACGCCCACAGCAUCGACAACAUCCCCGACGACACCUUAAUAUCGGAGUCCGGGAAGCUCGUCUUCCUGUUCGCGCUUCUGGAAAGGCUCAGAGAGGAAGGCCACCGAACGCUCGUCUUCGCUCACUACAGGAAGGUGCUGGACAUCAUAGAGCGUAUCCUCGGCAACAGAGGCUUCAAAGUGCUGAGGCUAGACGGUACGAUAACGCAGAUCGCAGAGAGAGAGCGGCGCAUCUCUUUGUUCCAGACAGAUGACCGCUACUCCGUCUUCCUCCUCACCACACAGGUUGGUGGCGUCGGCAUCACUUUGACGGCAGCUAACCGGGUGGUCAUCUACGAUCCCAGCUGGAACCCGGCAACAGACGCCCAGGCUGUGGACCGGGCGUACCGCAUCGGACAGACCGAAAAUGUCAUCGUCUACCGGCUCAUCACUUGCGGCACUGUGGAAGAGAAGAUCUACCGCCGGCAGGUUUUCAAAGACUCCCUCAUCAGGCAGAACACCGGCGACAAGAAGAACCCAUUUCGGUACUUCAGCAAGCAGGAGCUGAAGGAGCUCUUCACGCUGGAGGACACCAGGUCGUCGUCCACGCAGCUGCAGCUUCAGGAGCUUCAUUCCCGACACCGGCGGACCGACUUGGAGCUGGACGAGCACAUCGCUCACCUCCACACCAUGGAGAUGUUCGGCAUCUCCGACCACGACCUCAUGUUCUCCCUCGACGUCCACAAUGACGAGGCGCCCGAGAACCAAGUGGAGCACCAGUACAUCGAGGGGCGGGUCCAGAAGGCCCAGGAGCUGAUGAAGGCCGAGUCCGAGCUGCAGAUGCAGCUGGCAGAAAACAUGAUGUCCAGCACAGAACCAGCCUGGCUCAGACAACCAGCGGACAGCAGAGGGUCGCGUGAGAGGAAACCAAGAAGUCCUAAACAGAGUCCUGCGUGUCCACCGCAGGACCACAAGUUAAACGGGUCAGUGGUUGUAGUGGAUUUGGACCAGGACAGCCAGCAGAACCUGAGUGACCGAGUCAUCGAUCUGACAGCAGACCAGAGUGCAGCAGAAGUUCUAGAAGUCAGUCAGGAUGAAGUUCAGCCUCCAGUCAAAGAGGAGAGCAGUUACCUGGAGGCACCAGAGGAGGUGAUGGAGUCAGAUGAAGAUCCAGAAGCUGAAGAUCCAGAAGCUUCUGUUGGAGAACUGAUGGAAACAUCUGAGAUGUCCAAGGCAGCAGGUGAUGGCAGCCUCCUGGAAGCUGAACAAGAUGAACAGCAGCCAAACGGAGCUUCACCCUCUAAAUCCAGCUCCGACAUGGACUUGGGUCAUCAUCACAUCUCACCUCUGCAGAACCAAAGACUUUCUGUCCUGCAAGCUUCCAACUCCAGCUUCAGAGGAGACGCGUCCUCCAGAGUCAGCACCGGCCUCGAGUCCCUGAACAGGAACUUCCAGUUACAGCUGGACGACAGCGACGUGUCCUCAGAUGAUCCGGACACCGAAGCCGAGGAGCGACGGCUGCUGUCUCAGCUGCAGAUGGAGGGAAGUUUCGACGUCAGCAAGUCUCUGUCUGAGCGGCAGCAGAGAGAAGCUUCCAGGCAGAACGUCAGCCUCCUCGCCACCGUGGACGAGUCGGCGGACGAUUCCAUCGUGGCGACCAGGAAGAAGAGAGUGGCGGUGAUUUAUGAUAGUGAGGAGGAGGAGGAGGACGAAGAGCAGCAGCUGAUGAAGAGCCGACUGGAGAGCUCCUUCCAGGCGCUCGGAGCUUCAACGCCCAAAUCUGGUUCCACCCCUCGGAGGACCAGAAGGAGCGUCGGAGGAAACACCUCUGUGGCGUCACGUCGGUCACUGCUGCAGUCCAUCAUGGAGGACAUGAACAACCAGGAGGAGGAGGAAGAUGAAGGCCAUGAUGAUGAACGUUGUGAUGAAGCCGAGGAGAAUAACGCUGUUGGUUCCAGUGGUGAUGAGCUUCAGAUGGAGGAGACCGAAGGAGAGACUCUGAACUCAGAGGAGGAGGAUGAAGGUGAUGAAGAGGACGAUGAAGAGGAGGAUCAGUCCGAGGAGAUGAGCCUGAACUUGGAGGAGUCCAGCGGUGAUCCUGAGCUUUCUUCUUCUGAGAGGAUGGAUCGAUGCGCCGCAGAGACCGACGGGAUGGAAGACGUCUGCGAGGCCGAGAGCUACGAAUCUCUGGUGAGCAGAGGGAAGGAAUGUUUCAGCAGAGCUCAGCUGGACCAAGCUCUGGGCUUCUUCCUCAGAGCCAUCGACAUCCAGCCUGGAGACCCCGAAGUCCAGCUGAUGACCAUCCAGCUGUACCGGCAGCUCAGUCAGAGGAGGUAACCACCUUCUGAGACCAGAACGUCCAGAGUCCAACUGAGGAAGUCUGUUAGAGGAGGAGACUAAACCUGUGGAAACAUCUCACUGAUAUGUAGCUUCAGACUAAAAAUCAUCCAUGGUUCCUUCUCAGAACAUCAAGUUUCUCCAGGAACUUCUGCUCCACCGUCUCUGAUUUUCAGCUUAAAAUGUGGAUAUUUCUGAAGUUUGUCUUCACGUUUGAAGGGUUUGAUAUGAAAGAGAUGUUUGAGCAGAAGGAGGCUGAUGAUUAGAGAUGAAUCAUACCAGCAGGUGGAGGGAUUCUGGGUUUCUGUGGGUUUUUCAGACAUUUAAUCAGAAUUAAAGUUUAAAAAAAUUUAAAAAGUGCAUAAAUCUGGAGCUGAUGUUUGCUGCUACAGAAUUCUGAAAAACAAAUGUGUAAUAAAAGCUUCAUAAAGAGGCGACUUUGAGCAGAACCCUGAGGUUUGUCUGCAGUUCCACUUAGUUCAGUUUUAUUUUCUGAAAUAAACCAAACAUUAGUUCUAAUGUUGA